AUGCAGCCCUCCAAGGUGCUCCGCGCCUUCCCCGCAUUCUCUACCCUUCGCUCCUUCAGCACCUCCUCCGCCCAUAACCGUGCCCCAUCCAUUCGUGACAUUACCCCUACCAAUGCCUCCGAAUUUGACGCGCGCCAAAAGGAAUUUCGUCAGAGUCUAGAAGAGGCUCGAAAGAAGAGACAAGAGCAAGAGAGAGACCAAGAACAAUUAGAUGACGCGGCUGAGAAUGGCACAAGGAGAGGACCUCUGUCGUCACUCAUCUACGGAACCCGAGAAGGCCAACAUUUCGACAAGAGCAUUGAGCGAUCAUUCUCACAGGUGAUUGCCCGAGGAAAGUAUGUUCACUCAAUUGUCUUUCACGACGUCAAGCCCGACAAGGUCGAUGAGUACGUGGAGCUGGUCGGCAAAUGGUAUCCUCGCAUGGCAUCUAUAGAAGAGAACAAGGUGAAUCUGGUCGGCAGCUGGCGCACCCAGGUUGGAGACAAUGACACGUUUGUACAUAUCUGGGAAUAUCAGCGCUACACAGGCUACCACGAAUCCCUUCAUAACAUUUCUCAACACGCUGAGUUCCGAGAGUUUGACAAACAACUGAAAUCUCUAAUCAAGAGCAAGGAAACCUCACUCAUGCAGGAAUUCUCCUUCUGGCCUACCACGCCUCCUCGUCGUCUCGGCGGUUUGUUCGAACUACGUUCCUACACUCUUCACCCCGGCAAUCUCUUGGAAUGGGAGACACACUGGCGUCAAGGAUUACAGGCUCGUCGCGAGGUUAUGGAAGGUGUCGGCGCUUGGUUCGUGCAGAUCGGCGAUCUCAACACGGUACACCACCUCUGGCAAUUUGCCAAUCUGGAGGAACGCAAGAUUCGUCGUGAACAAUCCUGGGGUAUCGAAGGCUGGGCGGACACAGUUCAUCGGACGGUCCCUCUGAUUCAAUCGAUGAAGAGCAGGAUCCUGAUUCCCAUGCCAUGGAGUCCAGUGGGCUGA